AUGAAACGCUCUCAGUCUCGAGCGCCGUCACCGACGCCCACAUCAUUUUCAGGCAUCUCCAACUAUCGCACAGAGUCCUAUCGACCGAUUAGAGACAAAAGCGUGCCCGCAGUGCCGACAAUCGACUAUCGACUCAUAUCAAAGACCCAUUUUGAUGAGCUGAGCAAAUAUCUGGCCGUUUAUCUAUCUAAAGCCCUACCCAAUUCCCGGUCGACAGCAAGGCAAAAGCUCACUCGACUCACUAUUCAGCAGUUCCACGAACUAUCGACCGAUGUAUAUGAUGAAUUAGUGCGUAGGAAAGGUGAUAAAGAAGUGCCCUUCUUACCUGUCCGAGAGGAAUUCCAUCCUAAACGAAAUCAAGCCAGGCAGAAGCUGGCUACUCUACCCACAGCCAGGUUUGAAGAUCUAUCCAGCGACGUGUAUUUUGAGUUGGCCCGGCGAUACCCAGAGUUCAAGGAAGAUCCUUCUGGACGAGGAUCACCCGGAUCUAAUUACGAUGACUACCCUGCUCCUGAUUUUCCAGCCAAUUCACUCCCUCGCACAAGCACCUCAAGAACGUCCGGACGCGUUUCUGCGGAUCGCCCAGUCGACAGUAGCUAUAGCACUGGUAUUUCAGUACGCCGACCAUCUGAAGAUAGGCGUCGACAGAAUGAAGACCUCUUUGCGGGCCGGACGAAGCGAGAUCGAGACCGCGAAUACCCCCCUCGACGAUCAGAGGAACGAGAUCGGGAGCGAGAAUUUCCUAUUCGUCGACCUAGUGCUCCCAGUGUUAGCGGGACUAGUGAUAGUGCUGGAACAACGAACCCUGUGCAAAGCGCGACAGCUACCAGUGGUAUGAUCAUUCCCAACAAAAGCACCAUGGAGGAAGAGUACAUCGAGGUACCAUAUGGCAGAGAUGCCCGGGAGAGCGGCAGUACGACGGUGGAUGAUAGAGAUCGGAGCCGGAAUGCGAGUCAAGAUGUCAGCUUUAUGGGUGGGGUGGUGGAUGAGCCUGACAGCGCCAGCGAUUAUCCGUUAAGCCCGCGUAGUCCCGUAGGACUUAGUGCGCUCAGCGCAAGAUUGAAAGGAGUUGAAGACGAGGAUGAGGAAGCCGCCGCCGGGAGAAGUGGAGAGGACUACUUUGACAAGGUGUCUUAUGGGAGGACAUCUGCGAAUUCUGAUCGUUCUGCGGGUGGAAUAACCUCUCGCCUUGCUGGAGGUAGGGCAAGCGUAUCAGACGAUAGCGAGAAGAUGCGACGGGAUUAUGAAUACAAAAUCGCCACGAUGCAGAGUCAAAUUACAAAUAUGCAACGCGACCUUGGUGACUCCGAGCAACGAGAACACAAGUGGCAGGAAGGGGAGGCGCGUGUACGUCAGAUGGAAGAAGAAUUGCAGGUAUUCCGUCGGCGUGCUGAAGAGCAGUCGACCACUAUGCGUGCUCUUCAGAAGGAGCUUGAUGAGUUGCGCGAGACUCGACAAAGAGAGAAGGAACGGGAAGCUAGAAGGGCGCAAGCCGAUGAAGACGAACUCCAAAUUCUACUGCGAUCGAUGAGGGAAACUAUCGAGCAAUUAAACUCGGACAUGCAAGGAUUGUUGCACGAGCUUGAAGACUUGUCCCGACGCAAUGACGAACUCAUGACGGCUAAAGACUCAGAUCUUGCAGUUAUGCGUGACCUGGACAGUCAACUAAAGGAAUAUAAGCGCAAGUAUGAACAAGCCAAAACAGAACUGCGGAGUAUUAAAGCUACUUCUCAACUGUACACGCAAGCGCCUAAAUUCAACAAUCUAGAGGAUCAGCUACCCGUUACAAGCGACGGAGGAAUAAUGGACAUCCAUAUCACGGCCUUCCUUUCAGGUAUUGAUGGUCUGCUUACUGCCGCUCGUUCCAAUGCGCCGACGCGAGUCCUCACACCAAUGAAAUCCGUUGUAAAUGCUGUAACUUCCAUUAUUGACGACGUCCGAGCAUUUGAACGGCGGCCUUCAAGAGACCGUUCUGAUGUUGACCUCGAUACUCUUCGAUCAUUACGUGAACGAGCAGAUGCCACUCUAGGAAAUCUUGUUGCAGCGUCGAAGACACACGCAACGAGUUCCGGCAUGUCACCAGUCAGCUUGUUAGACGCCGCUGCCAGUCACGUCUCGGCUACCAUCACUGAUAUCAGCAAGACCAUCUGCCUGCGGUCGGUUGCAGAGAAAGAGGGACAUUAUCGUAAAGCGAGUUCCUCGUCCAAUGCGGAACGGGGGCCUCGUUUUACUGAGUCUCCUGCCUCUCAGUCGCGACCAAGUUUAGAUACGUACCGACCGAGGACGCCUUCAGACAACUCUAGCUCGGAAAAUACCAGCUCUCCCCCUCCGAUAUUCGAUCGACAACUAGGAAAUGGUGUUGGAAGCGAUGACUCGACCACAGGUGAAAUUGUCGAAGAUAACUGGGCUGAGCUCAAGCCGUAUCUCGAAGCGCAAACCACAGCAGUUAUUGACACGAUCCAAAGCGUUUUGUCGAGCGUCCGUAGUCCAACGCCUUCGAAUAAUUUGAACGAAAACUUGACGCAGAUCAUAACGAUUGUGUCAAGCAUCGUGGCGGUGUGUAACGAUAACUUACCUCCAGCGCAUUAUAAACAGGGGACUCAGCUGCUCGCUGAGUUGACGGAGCACGCGAACAAGUUGAGCGAGGUGCAGAGUGCGGAGGUCACGAAAGAGUCGAGACAGAUCAUGGCGAGAUCAAGCUUCGCGGUUGCUAACGCAAUGAGGACUCUAUCAAAGUUGUGA